AUGACGAGCGCGGUCCAAAAAAGGACGGUCUUCGAAGCCGAAGGCGUGGAGAAGAGGAUUUUCGGGCUAGAGCUAAAGAUCAUCUCGUCGAAGAAGGGCAAACCGAUCUUGACAGAUAAAUCGCCCGAGGCCAAGCGCCAGCUUGGGCGAGAGGACGACGAUUUAGGUACCGAUGAACUGCUGAUGGUGGAUAUUGAGCAGGAGCAGUGGGAUGAGAUUCUGAAUGACGGCGACGAGGUAUAG